AUGGGUAUAACGGACUGGAUAGAGACAAUAAAAGGACCUUUAGUAUCUACUUAUGAGUAUAAUAGUGAAUUGAGCGCUAGAAGAGGUUCAGUUAGUCUGGGUAUAAUUAAAGUAGAUAAUUUAGGGACUUUUGGCGCCUCUUAUGAGGAAGGACUUAGUAGUGGUGUAGUGAUUAGUAGUGAGUAUGAAGGAGUAGUAAUUAGAGAUAAGGAUUUAAAGGAAGUAAGUAAAUUUACAGGUUGGCCUAGUUAUAAGCACGUGUAUUUGGAUAAUCAAGUCUUUAGUGUAGGUAGUGCAGGCGGGUACCAGUCUAUAUGCUUGGUGAAGGGAACGAGUGAGCGGCAGGUGAUGGUUUGUGGGUCGGGGAAGUGCCAGCAUGAAGUAUGGAGUGUGCAUGUUGAGGGUCCUUUAGUGUAUUUAGGAUGCGACUUAGGAACAAUGGCGAUAAAGGACCAGCGGAGUAAUGAGUGGGUGCAGCAGAUGGAGUUAGGGGCGGGAGUGACUUGGCUGGGUCGGGGAGAGCAGUCGGGAGUAGUAGAAGUAGGGACGUAUGAUGGGUACUUGGGUUUAGUUAAAGGGACUCAGGAAGUAGAUAGGAAGUCUUUAGGUGGGACUGUUUGGCGGGUGUUUCGUCGGGAGUAUCAAGGCCGGGUGUUAGUUAUUGUCGCUCGGGCUUAUGAUGGGAUAAGUAUUUAUAGUGGGGAUUGGCAGCACUUAUAUACGGAGAAGACGGAUGAUUUAGUUUAUGCCUUGCGUAUAGACUUGCCUAUUAUUACAGGGUUUACCUACUACUUAGGAACAGAAGUUCGUUUGGAUUUAGAUAAGAUAAACUUAGGUUAA